GUUACGUUUCGUUUCGUUUCUCGGUUUCGCGUGUUCUGUGUGUGUUCCAGUGCGUUGUUGCUAAGAGCAGCCCAAAAUGUUUCCAAAUCAAACAAAUGCAACAAGUAAAUAAAAAGAAGUGAGAUAAAAAAGUCCUCUCGCAACGUGCUUGCUGUGUAUGCGCGCGCGUGUUCUGAGUGUAUAUAUAUAUAGAUGUCAGUGUGUUCGUAAAGCGCAGCUGAUUUUUAAAUACGAAAUUUUUAAUAACGCUCAACUCGUUCCAACUGUCCCGCCCCCUGCGAAAACGCCUACACAAAAAGCAACUUGCCUGCAAUUCUACAACGUACGAGAUUUGGCGUCAAUUCGCCUCGCCGUUUCGCCGUUUUUUGGCACGCAAAUUAUGAAAUGAAUAAAAAAAAAUAUAUUGAAUAAUCCGCGCGAAAUAUGUUGAAUGCGUAAAACGUGUUUUCGAAAACAGUUUUACAUUUACAAAAUAUACAAAAAAUAAAAAAACCCCAACAAAUUGAAGUCGUAAUCAAAGAAACAGCAGCAGCAGCAGCAGCAACAACAACAACACCACAAAAAGGUGAUAAUGAUUAUUUCCAAGGAUCUUUUCAUAUUUGGCGAACAAAUUUUUGCAACAAUUAUACCAGAAGGUGGAGUCGCUCUUGCCACGCAGCAGCAGCAACAACAACAACAGGAGCAGCAACAGCAGCCGCCGCCGGCAAUUAUAAAUACAACAACAACAGCAGCUGAACAAGUUGUUGAGGAGUCAUUAAAAGCGGCAGCAGCAGCAACAGCAGCAACAUUGCCAGCAACAGCAACAACAACAGCAGCAGCUACAGCAAAGCAACAACAACAACUGCCAACAACAACAACAACACCGCUGUUGCUAUUGAACAAACCGGAAACGGUUGCAGUUGCUGCUGCUGCCAACAGCAACAGCAAUAACAACAACAACAACAACAACAACAAUAGUCUGCUGCGCGGCAACAACAAAAUAAAAAUUCAAAAAAUUCCAACAGCAGCUGAAGCAUUGAAAGCCAAGCAGAAGCCACCAACAGCAGCAGCAGCAACAACAACUCGAUCGUUAACCAAGUGUGAGAAGGUGUUGCUGCCAAUGAAUUUGUUGGCCCAAAGCAUGGACAACGCAACGGAUGAAAUGGAGCAGUUACCGUUGGUAGCCAGUCGACGCAAUUUGGCCAAAAUUGUGGCCGAUUGUCGCCUGCAAAUCGAACCAACUGUUGCAGCAGCAGCCUCCGCAGCAACGACAGCAGCAACAGCAACGACAGCAACUGUUGCAGUUGCAGCUAGCAGCAAUUGCAAUAGCUCAUCCUCUGCCUCCUCGACCAGCUCCUCAUCAACGACCUCAACGGAUUUGCCCAGCACGGAUAAUCUGUCCAAGACUUGCAUUUUAGCUGAUGCCAAAAGUGCGGCUCAGGCGCCUUCGUUAACAUUUCCCUUUAUAAAUGCUGCAAAGCAACAGCAGCAACAACUUCCUACUGCACAGCAGCAACAAGCACAACAGCAAUUGCAACAACAACAACCAACAUUACAGUUAACAUUUCAGAAUUUAAAUGUGCUGCACAACGAGCGCAAAAUUCUUUCCGAUGUGAGUGGAUUAGUCAGCCCUGGCGAGGUGCUGGCUAUUAUGGGUCCUUCGGGCAGCGGCAAGACCACGCUGCUCGAUUGCCUCAGCGGGCAACGGCACUUUGAUAGCGGCAGCGUCUAUCUGAAUCGCGAGCCCCUCUCCAAGCGCUGGCGUCGCAAAAUUGGCUACGUGCUGCAGGAGGAGAUCUUCUUUACGCAGUUAACGUUGCGCGAGACCAUCACGUAUACGGCGCUGCUGCGUCUGCCGGAGAAGAUGGCGCGCGCCGAGAAGCUGCGGCUGGUCGACCAUAUAUUGGAGAUGCUGGAGCUCACCUGCUGCCAGCAGACCAAGUUUGGCGACUACCUCAACCGGGGACUGUCGGGCGGCGAGAAGAAGCGUGCGAAUAUCGCAUGCGAACUGUUGACCAAUCCGCUUCUAAUGCUGCUUGAUGAGCCCACCUCUGGGCUGGACAGCCACUCGGCCAUAUCGUUGAUGAAGGUGCUGAAGCGUUACGCGCAGCUGGAGCAGAAGACAAUUGUGAUAAGCGUGCAUCAGCCGUCGUCGCAGAUGUUUCACAUGUUCGACAAGUUGCUGCUGUUGCAUCAAGGACGAACCGCAUACUUCGGCGAGGUGAACAAUAUCUACAGGCACUUCGAGAACAUUGGGGUGACCAUCAAGGCGCACUACAAUCCCGCAGACUUUGUGUUGGAGCAGCUGAAGUCGCAUCCGGAUAUACGUGAGAAGCUAUUCAUAGCUGCCAAGGAGUCGCAUGGCAACUAUUUGAAUCGCAACUGCAUUAGCAGUCCGGACAAAUCGAAGCAGCAGCAGGACACCAUACUGAUCAACGACAUCAUCAACAACUACUACAAUCAGCGACAUCAUCAGCCCCACAAUCAUCACCACAAUCACCAUCAUCAUCAUCAGUAUCACACAGCGAACGGAGGCUGCGAGGCCGAUGAGGAGGCUGCGCAGCAUUUGGUCUGGUCCGGUGCCGAUUCGCAAUCAAAUUUCAGUUCCUGUGCCUCCAGUGAUUGCCAAUCGUAUCGUGUGGGCAAAGGCUCCGUGAACGACGACGAUUGGCUCUCGUAUCCAACGCGUUUUUACACGCAGUUCAGCGUCCUAUCGAGUCGCAAUUUCAAGGAGGCCAAGCCGCGUAUGUUGUCCAAGUUGAAUUGGUUCCAAACCAUUGGUCUGGCUCUGAUGGCGGGCGCCAUUUGGUUCCAGCUGCCUCGCACCGAGGAAUUCCUUCACGACCUGCAGGGCUGGAUGUUCUUCUCGCAAACCUAUUGGAUGCUCUUUGCACUCUUCGGUGCGCUCAAUUCAUUUCCUUCAGAACGUGAGGUGAUCAGUAAGGAGCGUCGCUCGGGCGCGUAUCGGCUCUCUGCCUACUAUCUGGCAAAAAUGUGCGCGGAGCUGCCUUUGGUGAUAACGCUGCCAACUGUCUACCUCAUGAUAAGCUAUCCCAUGCUGGGCUGCAGCAGCUUGAAGCUCUUCUUUCUGAUGCUCAUCUUUUUGCUGUUGAAUACGAUUGUGGCACAGAGCGUUGGCUUCUUCAUUGGCGCCUGCUGCAUGGACAUGAAUGUGAGCAUUACGCUGAGUGCACUCUAUACGCUUGCCACACAGCUCUUCGGCGGGUAUUUGUCGUCGCGCAUUCCGGAAGGUCUCAGCUGGAUACGUUACACAUCGAUGAUACACUAUGCAUACCAGAAUAUGCAGAUUCUCGAGUUUCGCGAGGGACCGGCUAUUAGCUGCGGAUCGCCGAGCAGCUAUGAGAUAUGCAAACAGCAGACAACCGAAUUCAUUCCAUAUGAGGAAAUACUCAAAGCACAAAAUUCAACAUCUCCGCUCUGGCUGAAUACGCUAAUAUUGAUGAUGUUCUUUCUGGUAUUUCGGGGAUUGGGCUAUGCGGUAUUGCGCUAUCUCCGCUGUCCACAAAAGUCGUGAUAUAUAUAGCUGACAACGAACCAGUGAUACGUAAUGAUUAGUGUGUAGCCUUCCAUAAAUCCUAUAAAUCUAAAAAUCAAAAAAAAAAAAAAACAGAAAAAAAACUCCACAAAAUGUUGAACAAAUUACAAACGUGCGCCAAUUGUUGUGAUUCAAUAUUCAAGCCACAUUUAUUAUUAAUUAUUAUC